CCUUUGAACUGAUCACAAGGCCCACUUUCGAGACCUUCCUCGCUCCCUUGGCGUAUAUACCUCCCUCCACCCUAGCUCUAGCCUCACAACAAUGGCAAAGUCUGUAUCGUCCAUAGCCCCACAUACCUUUUGAGAAGCUAGCUAGUCCAGCAAUCAAAAUGAAUGGUUAUUCCAAGAUCAAAAUCUUUGGCACUGCCAGAUCAAGAUCCAUGGACUUUUCAGAUCUUUCAUUAGCAUUUCCUGAGCCCACAAAAUCCCACACAGAGCCCCAAGAAACCAACAAGAUAGUAGGCGACCACGACAAUACCAAGAAGAACAUGAUUAGCACAGACACCACCACCCAAGACUCACUCUCGGUGCUUGAAGAAGAUGAAGAAAACAAUGUUGUAGAGGGGUUCGGCGCGAAGCUGAGGAGGAGCUCGUCCGUUUCUUCAUCAGCUUCUGCACUUCAGUCUGCAGUGAAGAAAGCAUUCUCCGUGACAAGAUCCUCUUCGGUGUCAGAAAGGUAUUGCAGGAUCCAUGACCAGUCUGCAACACUAUCAUCACCCAUCCAUGAUGAAGAUGGUACUUUGGACACGAUGGAGUCAACAAGAUCUGUGACGAAAAAACAUAGCAGAUCAGGCAGGUUCCUGAAGGUCUGUAAGAAACUUUUUGGACUUUAGUGCACUUCUGCCAUUUGUUUAAUCCCAGUUACUUGGCUCAUCAUGUCAUUAUUCACUUUGCUGCCGCUGCCGCUGCUGCCUUUUUCUUUUUUCAAGUAUUGUUAAGCUACUUUCACUGUUAUUGUAAUAGCUCUCUCUCAACAAUACAAUAUCCAUUUGUUUCACAA